CACUGUUGUGAUUAUUUUGGCUUUUGGGCCAAUUUUGCGGCCAUUACCAUAGCCAUGUUGCGGACGCACUUACUCCAGAAUGUGUGUCGAAGCUACAUGCUGCGCACAGCGCAGCGUGGCAUUGCCACAGCAACUCCAGCGACAGUGUCAGCCACAAACAGCGCCAAACCACGUUAUGCAAUGGCAGUAGCAACUACCAGGACACUGCCGAGCGUGCAUGGUUAUGCCAGCGUUGCGCGUGCACCAGCAUUCAGCAAUAAGAAGCGUGCGCCAAAAGCCAACAACGGCGCAGCUGGCAGCGUAAGCAUUGAGGAUCUGUGGACGCAGUUGGAGGCGUUUUAUCAACAGCACAGCCUGGUAAGGUAUGAGAACUGUGAGCGCAUAAUACAGCAGCUGGAGGCAGUCGCUAACGACGAGAAGCUGCCACUUAGCGCGCAGCAGCUGCACUUUCUACUGGGCAUAUGCGUGCCGGAGCUGCUGCCGGCUCAAACGCGCACCGAGCGUCUGGCGCUGUUCCAGCGCCUGUGGUCGCAGCUACUCAAAGUGGAGCAGCCAAAGCUGGCACACUACUACACACAGCUGGAGAUGCUGCAGCAGAACCAGCUGCCGUUGCCCAAUCAUCAAGCGCUGCUGGCCGAGAUUGCUGUCUACAAUGGCGCAGCGGACGCAACGCUCUACAGCGCGCUGCUGGACGUGGCCGGCGCCAGCGGCAAUAUGCGUCAGGUGACGGAGCUGCUCAGCGAAAUGCGCGCACUCAACAUGCCGCUGACCGAGCGCAACUUUCAUGCGCUGCUGCUGGGCCAUGGACGCAGCGGAGAUUUAGCCGGCAUGGACAAGGUGCUGGUGGGCAUGCGCGCUGGCGGCAUCAGCCCAACGGCCAGCACACAGGCCUUAUGCUUUGUGCUGCAUGUGGAGAAUGCGCAGCUGGCCAAGGCGCAGGAGCUGCUGCAGCAGCAUGAGCAGCAGCUGCAAGUGCCACAGCUGCUGCAAAUGCUGCGCGCUGUGGUGAGCGCGGAGCACGUGAAUACGCAGCUAAUGGAGCAGCUGUUGGCGCUGCUGCCGGCGGAGUAUAUCAACGAUACGGAUGUGCCGGCGGCGCUAAAUGCACUUGGCAUGCAUCUGCUGCAUCAGCAAAAGGCGACGCUAAUGAUGCAGCUGGUGGCAGCGCUGCCAGCGCCACAAUUCACAGCACAACAGAAUCAGGAUGGCUUCGGCGCGUUGCUACUUCAGGAACUUUUUCGCGCGCGCACGCCGCUGGAGCAGAUGCUGCAGUUUGCAGCGCAACUGCGUCAAUCUGGGCAGAAUCCACGUGCGCUGCAGUUGCUUGCAGAGCUGGCGCUGCGCCGGCAGCCAUCACUAGCGUUGAGCUGCCUGCAGGCGCUGCAUACUGCGGCGGAGCCACUGCGUCCGCACUACUUCUGGCCACUGCUGCUGCAGCAGCACAAGCGUGAAGGCGAGCGCGGCGUGCUGCAUGUGCUGGGCGAGAUGCAACAGCUGCAGGUGCAGUGCGAUGAGGAGACGCUGCGUCUGUAUGUGCUGCCGCUGCUGCAACAGACGCUGCAGCAGCCGCCGCUGGCGAUGCAGCAACUGGACGCCGUGGGCGUGCGUGCCUCACUUACGCUCGAGCCACUGCUGGCGCAGCUGUUGCAGCAACAGCAAACGACGGAGGCGCUGCAGCUGCUGCAGCAAUAUCCGACGCGCUUGCGACUCACCUCGCUGCUGCAGCCGCUGGCAGCGCUGGGCGUGCAUGCGCGUGCGACCAAAAGUUACGCGCAAUUCGCGCAGCUGCUGCAAGCGCUGCAGCAGCGCAGCUUGCAGCGCAAGGAGGACUUUGUGGGCGCGCUGCUGCUGCAAAUGUGCGCGCCACAGACGCGUCUGCGUCAGGAGCCGACGGCGCUGCUGCGCCUGCUGCACGAACUGCAGCGUUUGCAGCUGCAUAUAUCGCCCGCUGCAGCGGAGUCGCUGCUGGCAGUGACCAGCAGCUGGGAUGCAAGCAAUGCGCAGGCAGCGACCAAAGCGCUGCAGCUGCUGCGCAGUAAGGAGCUAACGCUGCCGCCCGAUACGCUGCCCUUUGAUGGCUUCAUUAAGCAUCCGCGCGACAUGACGCUGGACGAGCUCGAGUGCCACCUGGUGGAGCUGGAGGCCAAGCAGCUGAACACACGCGGCGUGCUGCGGCGACUGCUGCAGCUGAACGUGCGCGAUGGACGCCUGGAGCGUGCCUUGCAGUUGGAGCAAAAGUGUCAGCAGCUCAAGGUGCAAGUCAGCGCUGGCAUGCUGGCCUCCAUUCUGGAGCUGCACAUCAAGCUGAAGCAGCUGCCACGCGCUCAGCAGACGCUGCAGCAACUGGCGCAAAGCUUUCCAGCCUUUCAACUGGACGAGCACAAACUGCUGGACUAUGCCGCUUUGCUGGUGGAGGGCGAGCAACUGACGCUGGCCAAGCAGCUGCUGGAGCAGCGUGCGGCGGCGCAUAAGAUCCAUGGCGGCGACUAUGUCAUCAAGAAUGUCUGGCAGCUGCUCAACAGCGUAGCUCAGCUGGCCAGCAAGCAGCCCGUGCCGGAGUCCGGACGCACGCUGACCAACGAAAUCUUCGAGUUUCUACGCACUCUCGGCUACUGCCAGACGCACAAUGCGCUGCUGGGACCGCUGGUGCGCGAGUGGCUGCUGCGCGGCGAUCUGGCGGGCGCAGUGGCCGAAUUCCAGCGCUUGGCAACGCGCUAUAAGCACACGCCGCUGCAGUUCGAGCUGCUGUCGCUGCUCGUGAGCCUGAGCAACGGCGAUGAACAGCAGCUGGCGCGUUAUGCGAGCAGCUGCAAGCAGUCGGCGCAACAGCAGCUGGCUGAGGUGACGGCUACUGUGAGUCGCGUGCAUGGUGCUGCGAAUAUGAACAGUGCGCUGCUGCUGGCGCUGGCGGAGUCCGGCACGGAAACGCAGCUGCGUCGCUUGAUUAUCAAUCCAGAGUUUCAGCUGAACCAUCAGCUGCUGCUAAAGAACUGCGAGCAUUUGGGACAGGAGGGUGCGGUGCGCACUUUGCUGCGUUUGGCGCGCGGCGUGCGCGGACUACAACGCACCAUCGAUGAGCAGGCCAUCUAUGAUAUGCUGCUGGCCAAGUUUAGCAAGAGCAACAACUAUGAAGCGGCGCUGGAUCUGUACGAGCGUCUGCAAGCCGACGAUGAGCUGAAAGUCUCGCAGGACUUUGUGCGCAAUCUGGCCAAGCUGCUGCAGCUCAACAAUGUCGAGAUUCCCAGCAGCAUUGCGCUGCGUGCGCAAAUUAGAUAAUAAACGAAACACACUCUUCCUCCCUCUACAGAAUGCAUUGUUACUAUUUCAAUUUUUAAGUAAAUUUAUAUUACGUUUUUAAAAAAAAAGC